AACUCACCUGUCGAUCGUUCUGCUGUGACACUUUGUGUUUUGACGAGGCUGAGGAGGAGUGUGAUGGUUGUACAAAUGGAUCAAUGGUCUGCGCUGAAUGGCUGUGGUUGGGUAGAGGUGGGUAUUUGACACGAGCGCUUUGACCAACUCCAGAGGUUUACACUGCUGGACAUCUGGCAGUUUUAACAGCAGUUGGCACAGUGAUACAUGGAAAUAAAACAGAAGAGAAGCAUGAGGCAACACUGUGCUCUUAAACAUGGAAUACUUAAGGAAUUCCUGGCAGAAUUCCUUGGGACCUUCGUCUUGGUUUUGUUCGGCUGUGGCUCGGUCGCUCAAACUGUCCUCAGUCGAAACUCUCUGGGUGAGCCGCUCACCAUCCACAUUGGCUUCUCUGUAGGACUGAUGAUGGCUGCGUAUGUGGCUGGUGGAGUGUCAGGGGGCCAUGUGAACCCUGCUGUGUCUCUGGCCAUGGUGAUUCUGGGCAAACUGAAGAUUUGGAAGUUUCCUUUCUAUGUGAUCGCUCAGUUUCUUGGUGCUUUUGCCGGAGCUGCUGCAGUCUUUGGAUUAUAUUAUGAUGCUUUCAUGGACUUCACCAGUGGGAUUCUGUCGGUGACGGGAAUCAAUGCAACAGGUCACAUUUUUGCUUCCUACCCUGCGAGACACCUGUCAAUUAUCGGUGGCUUCGUCGAUCAGGUGGUGGGGACAGGUAUGCUGGUCCUGUGUAUCCUGGCUAUCAUCGAUGGUGGAAACAUUGGCGCUCCUAAAGGCGUGGAGCCGCUGGCCAUUGGCCUGAUCAUCAUGGCCAUCGGUGUGUCCAUGGGUCUGAACUGUGGCUAUCCCCUGAACCCUGCCAGAGACCUGGGACCCCGACUGUUCACAGCUGUGGCAGGAUGGGGGAUGGAGGUCUUCAGUACUGCAGAAUACUGGUGGUGGAUCCCCGUGGCGGGUCCCAUGGUGGGGGGCAUGAUCGCGGCCGUCAUCUACUACCUGCUCAUCGAGCUGCACCACCACCGCGAUGAGCCCGAGAAGCCCCCUGAGGAGGAGGAGGAGGAGGAAGACGAGGAGGAUGAGGACAGCAGUCUGAAGGACAAAUAUGAGAUGAUCACCAUGAGCUAAAAAGAAAAAAAAAAGACAUUAACCUCCAGGACUGACUUGUACAUGGUCAGAUUCAGCUGUUUUACUGUCAGUCAGAUGAAGAUGAACAUCUGUAAAGGCAGUCUUCCUCUGUCAGUGUGCUCUCUUUGGCAAACCCGUCAAUACAGUAGCAGGAUAGGCAGUAGUUACUGAUUGACUUCAUGCUCUGCAGAGACAAGCUUUCUCAGCUCGCUGCUGACACCAUUAGAACCUUCAAGGGUCAAAACACAAAGUCAAAUUAAUUAGUCUAACGCUUUAGAUUUUAGAUGGAAAAACUGCAGCUAGUUGCACAAAAUAAGCAGUAUGGACAGUAUGUUUUUGUCUGCGCUGUGGGUAGAAAUAAGGAAACUGGCAAAACAUGGCAACAUCCUUGAAAACACUGAACCCAUCAUCAGAUUUCAUACCGAACUGUCUCUUCUACACUUUUGUUUCAUAAAUACAUGAAAAUCUCAGUCCUGUGUGUGUUUCACAUUAUUAUGACUGUUCACAUAUGUGUUGUAAAUACUGUAUUAUAGAUAUUAGAGAAAAAAAUACCCUUCAUUUUGGUAUACUCACUUGAAAUUGACACCGGAGUAAUAGUUUUACAUGCAUGUCAGUCUCCUUUAAGGUUUGCUCCUAUUUUUCUUCAAUGCUUGCAUGUUAUUGUUUGUAUAUUCAUACAACACUGUAUGUUUGUUUUUUAAUUAUUAUUAUUUUUCUUUAGCUAACCAUAAG